CUUUGUUAUUUUUGUAUUUAUGUCUACAGUUCAUCUAUUAAAAAAUGCCACAUUUAAUGUAAGGAAGCUAAAACUAUGAAUUUUCAUCUAAUUACGAUAAAAGAUUUUUAAUAGAUAUUGAAAUUUUUUAAUCUUAUUUAUUUUGCAAAUAUUCAGACAAUAUUUGCUUUUAUGUAUAAAUUAGUUAACAUUGACCUUAUUUACCCUGUACAUGAAAUAUAUUUCCAAAAUAACUAUCAGCGGGUGAUUGAUGAACAAUUGAAAAGAGCAUUCAGUAAAAUUUUUGUCUGUCUGUAUUUUCAUUAUAGAUUAAAAAAGUACUCACUCCUACUCCAGGGCAGGUUACAGUAUACUUUUCAUCACCCUAACAUAACAUCAAUAGGAGCAGAGUAGUAAAGGGAAAUGUUGCAAAUAUGGGAGAACUUAACUCAAUACAACUGUAAGGGCUGGAUUAGAGAGGUCUAAGGGCGGACGAAGUCGCCGGCGUCCUCUAAUUUAAAAUAUAGAUUUAUUUACUUAAAUAUAUACAUACAUACAAAAAAAUAUAUAUACAUACAUUUAAAAAUUAAACUUGCUACAGCAAAUAAACCACUCUGCAAUCCUUGUGAGUUCACUCAGAGUAAAAAAGAUUAUGUUGACUUUCUCAGCUACGAUGUUCAGAGUGUGAAGUGUGCACGUCAGAGCUUUUUUGCAACUGAGGCUUGCAUCUCCGACACAUAUCUGUAUUUCUAUUAUUUCUCUUCAAUAUGACUUUAUAAUGUAUCUAUUAGUAUAUAUGUAUUAUAUUCAUAAUUGUAGGUAUAUAUUUAGGUUCUGUUUAUGUAUUAGGAUGUAAAUUAUUUGUAUUAUUAAUACUAUGGUUAUUUUUAUUUCACGCCACCUGCUGAUGUCCUUAAGUUUUCCUAAACCGAAGGUUGCCUGGAAGAAAUCGCUACUUAGCGAUAAGGUCGCCUUUUGUAUGCUGAUCUCUUCCCAAUAAUUAUGUUUUUAUUUCACAUGUAUUUGUCUUUGUGGUGUGCAAAUAAAGUAUAUCUAUCUAUAACAGUCUGGGACAUAACAUAUAAGCAAACAAAAUAUCAAAUCUCACCUCUUCAUAAUAUUAGUUUAGAUAGAUGUUCAAUGGAACUCCCUAUGUCCUACUUACAAUAAAUUAAACAAACCUACUGAUAACACUCACUACAACAUGUUUUAUGUAACAUAUCUAUUUUUUUCAUAUGAUAAUGUUUUAUAGUCACUAAUCUAGGACUGCACACAACACCACUGUUGAGCAGAUUGGUGGGUAAUUUAUUGGUAAUAAAUGUAUCGAACAAUACAAACAAGAGGUCAAACAAAUUGACCAUUGAUUUAAUUUGAUGUAACCAAAUGAUUUAUAAAUUAAAAUUCAUGAGUACUAAACUGUUUAAUAUGAUUAAUUUAACAUGUUGACAAGUUUAAUGAGGUUAUUAACAUGUUAAAUUAAGGAAGACAAUAUAAAAAUCAAACCCAACAUAGUUUGUGUAAACUAUUUUCCUUCAAUCGGCACUCACUGGUAACUAUCAACCACAAAACCACAUUUAUCACACAACUAAAUAUGUUUAGAUACAGAAAAUUAUCACCGAUUUCCUAUUAUUAUUUUGGCAAAUAUGAAAUAUUAAUAAAGCAAAGUUACCCGAGUCAAAGUCAUUGUGUUGUGGAGACGCGUAUUGGACUGAAUUGUGGUUAAUAGGCAACUCCACGUAAUAGAUAGGAAUAAUAUUAUCUUGUCAUAGUGAUAAUGUUAUCAGCAAAGAGAAGACGGGCAUCCAAUAGCUACAUAUAUAAAUACAAAUCAUGUUAGUAGAGUUUGUCAUUUUUGUAUCACCAUCAGACUUCAUUAGAAGUCCAAAAAUAAGCUCAAAAUAUGGACACAAGAACUUUUGCACCGAGCGGCAUGGCUGUGACUCCUCAUCAUUUGGCGACCCAAAGUGCAUUAAGAAUUCUAAUAGAUGGUGGAACGGCUAUGGAGGCCAUAGUCGCAGCAGCGGCGACCAUUGCCGUCGUGUACCCACACAUGAAUGGCAUUGGUGGCGAUGGAUUCUGGCUUAUCCUCCCUCCGAGAGGAGAUUAUGUAGUAAUAGAGGCUAGUGGAGCAGCCGGGAGUUUAGCUAACGAUUUCUUUUACAAAAACUAUUACAGAAUUCCGUAUAGAGGUCUGAAGUCAGCCAUCACAGUCGCAGGAACUGUAGGCGGAUGGGAGGAAGCGUUAAAAUAUGUAACUGAAAAAGGUUUUAAAAGACGACCCUUACAUGAUUUGCUGGCAGAUGCAAUCAGGUAUGCGGAAGAAGGAUUUCCUAUAUCGUCCUCACAAGUAAAAUCGCUCAAAACAUUCGGAUUCGAUGAAAGUAAUACACAAGAAUUCAGGGACAUAUUUUUACCGAAUGGAACAAUACCGAGGGAAGGCCAACUAUUCCGUCAAAGGAAUUUGGCGAGAACGUUGAAAGAUCUCUCGCGAAAUGGCUUAAAUAGUUUCUAUAGAGGUGAUUUAGCGAAAUUGAUUGCGAAGGACAUGGCGUCCCUUGGUAUGCCAAUCACAGAAUCGGAUCUUGCAAAUUACUCAGCCAUUAGGCGGAGUCCUUUGAGAUUAUCUCAUUCGCACGGUGAAAUUUUCAACCUACCGCCGCCGACGCAAGGUUUAGUUUCGUUAUCGAUACUCGGUAUCUUAGAUAGGUUACGCAUCGACGGUCUACAUGAAGGUAAAUUUAUUCAUGCAACAGUCGAAGCUACAAAACAGGCAUUUAUAAUACGAGACCAGUAUAUUACCGACCCUCGCUACAUGACAGUGGAUGCCCAAUCACUAUUAUCGAGACGUGCAAUUUCCAAAAUGGCCAGUAAUAUUAGUUUAGAUGAAACAUCCUUUAAUGGCAAGGGUUUAGGCCCUGGAGACACUGUUUGGAUGGGAGUGAUGGAUAGUAACGGAUUUUCAGUUUCAUUCAUUCAGAGUAUUUAUGACAACUUCGGGAGUGGAGUUGUUUUGCCUGAAACAGGUAUAUUGUGGCAUAAUCGUGGUUCUUCUUUUACUUUGAAAAAAGAUCAUAUAAGAUCUUUGGUGCCAGGAAAAAAGCCGUUCAGCACAUUAAACCCUGCUGCUGCGAGGUUAAAAGACGGUCGUAUUAUGAUAUACGGCACGAGAGGUGGCGACGGCCAACCACAAACGCAAGCUGCUAUCUUUCAUAGAUACGUAGUCCAGGGAAAGAAUUUGCAGAGUUCUAUUUCGGACCCUAGAUGGAUUUAUGGACCAAUAACGAACGACAACUGGGACGAUAUCUUACGACUGGAGAAUAGAUUUAGUAAUGAAACUAUUGAAUAUUUGGUUGAAAAAGGUCAUAAAAUCGUCCUGGUGCAACCGUUUUCUGAAGAUGUCGGCCAGGCUGGAGCUUUGGUGAGACAUCCGAGUGGAAUGAUAGAGGGUGCGUAUGAUCCACGGAGCAAUGGAAACGCUGCCGGGUUUUAGUGAGGCUGUGUCCAUUUUAUUCCAGUUAAUCAUCAGUUUAAAGACUUUUCAAAAAUAUUGUCAGUAAGAUCAACUUUUUUUUUUAGCUUUACUAAGUAAAAAAAGAAGUCUAUGGAAGUAUUUUGUACAUAGUAUUUUUAGUACAUAGGUUAUCUAUAAAACAAUAUUAUUGAUUGCGUGAUUGUUGUAGAUCUUUUGUUAGCUUUAAUAUUUUUAAUUAACUUAACUUAAAUUUAAUUCAUUUCAUCUGUUAGGUAAUUAGCAUCUAUUUGGCUAUACCUACCCAAUUAAAUCUCAAGUAAAUAAAAAUAUAGAGCCUUGGUUUGUCUAUGGCUUCUUUUUGAUACAUUUAAAAUAAGGAAUUUAUUUUCAAAACAAUGUACAAAUAUAUGGAGUAUUUUACGGUCAAAUUGAAUAAAGAGUAUAUCACGUAAAGGCUAAAACUAAGUAUGUUUGUUUGUUUUCUUUUAUAUCUGUAGGAUUUUUUAUAUUACCAAUUAUGUCAUUAGGUAAUGUAAAUUUUUCAUUUCAUUUAGAGUAAGAAAUGUAAGUUAAAAUAUGAUCUAAUACUUGAAAUUUUGAUCUGACUUAUGUAUUUAUUAGUUUUUUAUAUCUAAAUCUAAGUUAUUUAUUGUCUCAAAAAUGAUUUUGUUGUAUUUUAAAU